AUGGUAUAUUUUUAUACUUCACAACCAACAGAGUAUUCUGCACCUCAUACACUAGUGGCUGGGAAGGAUAAAUUCGAAAACGAUGUUCUCAUCAAAUAUGGGUAUAGAGAGCUAAACUAUAUGUGGUUCCAUGCUGAUAAAUAUUCUAGUGGUCAUAUUUAUUUACAAUUAAAUGAAACAGAGAAGGAUUUGAAUGAUGUCCCCAACGAGGUCGUUAAUGAUUGUUUACAACUUUGUAAAUCGGAAUCAAUUCAAGGUAAUAAAUUAAAUCAAUGCCUUAUUGUUUAUACGCCAUGGCAUAAUUUGAGGAAAAAUAAAUAUAUGAAACCAGGAGAGGUUAGUUUCAAAUCCAUGAAAGUUGUCAAGAAAUUGGAAUGUUUCUCAAGAGAUAAUAAAGCUUUGAAUAGAUUGAUGAAAACAAGAGUGGAAAUUAUUGAUGGGGUAGAAGAAUUAUUAUAUCAAGCUAAAAAAUCUAAAGAUCCAAAAUUUUUUCAAAAUUAUUUGUCUAUUAAUAAAGAAAGAUUGAUACUUGAAGAAAAAGAAAGAAAAACCGCUAAAAAACAAAAGAAGAAGAAGAAAGAGGAAGAUGUUCAAGAGCAAUUAGUAAUAGAGACUGAGUUGUAA